AUGGAAUCGAAAAACCCUACUAGAUUCAAGCUUGGGAACAGUCGUCGUUGGCACCGGAACGGGAUAGAGAAGAGGAUGAAGUUCAGCACGAGAGAUGUUGAUGGACGUACGGCUCUUCAUAUUGCGGCUUGUCAGGGGUUGACUCAUGUUGUUGAUUUGUUGCUUGUGAAUGGGGCUGAUGUUGAUCCUAAAGAUCGAUGGGGGAGCACGCCCCUUGCAGAUGCUAUAUUCUAUAAAAACAAUGACGUGAUCAAACUAUUGGAAAAUCAUGGAGCAAAGCCUCUGAUGACCUCUAUGCAUGUUAAUCAUGCACGUGAUGUCCCGGAAUAUGAAAUCAAUCCUAAAGAACUUGAUUUUACCAACAGUAAGGAAAUAACAAAGGGGACUUUCUGUAUUGCGUUGUGGCGUGGGACCGAGGUUGCGGUAAAAAAGCUCGGGGAUGAGCUUUCAGAGAUGAGCUUGCUCUGUUCCAGAAGAUUCGUCAUCCAAAUAAUAUCUUCCCAAGAGCGUGAGGACGGGGUUCCUAUGGUUUAUGCCUAA